AUGGCCAUGAAGCAACUACCAUCUUUCCUGCGGCCUGCCGCCCGCCGGGGACCUCGAUACUCCGUACGGCCGUUCUGUGUGACUCUGCUCGUCUUCACGGUCCUCGCGACCGUCAGCUGGGUUUUGAGUGAACGUGGACAUCCCUCGGUACAGAUACCUUACUCCGCACAGCGGGGGACACCAGCGGCCGGAUCCCUGUUCAAGCGGGAAGAGGAAUCAGAGUGUCGCCUGGUUCGAACCGCAAAAGACCAGUGUGCCUUUGUCCGUUCCAACUGCCCGGAUCAUGAGGACGGCUUGUUUUCCUAUCUCCAGCUAUACUACUGUUCCUUGGCCGAUGCGAAACCGCUGGCGUUUAUAAUACUGAUUUUCUGGCUGUCUGUUCUGUUCACUACCAUUGGAAUUGCGGCCAGCGACUUUCUAUGUAUCGAUUUGAGCACGCUGGCCAGCAUUCUGGGCAUGAGCGAGAGUUUGACCGGGGUUACGUUUCUGGCCUUUGGAAAUGGCAGUCCCGACGUCUUCUCUACGUUCGCCGCCAUGCGGUCGAACAGCGGGAGUCUGGCAAUUGGUGAAUUGAUUGGCGCCGCCAGCUUUAUCACGUCUGUCGUGGCUGGCUCCAUGGCUUUGAUUCGUCCCUUCAAAGUGGCACGAAGGAGUUUCGUUCGAGAUGUCGGAUUUUUUGUCAUCGCUGUCAGUUUCACCAUGAUACUACUCGCCGAUGGAAAGCUUCAUGUUUGGGAAUCAGCGGCCAUGGUAGGUCUGUACGCUUUCUACGUCGUGAUGGUCGUGACCUGGCACUGGUACCUGGUUCGGAAACGACGGAAAUAUGAAAGGGACGUUGCCGCGCGAACGCAUUUUCACAUCCCGGCAAAUCAAGAGCUAGAAAUUGAGGAGGCCAUAGAGGACGAUGAACCCGGCAUGGCCCCAGAAUCACGGAGUCUCCUUCACGGAGCAUCAACCGAGGACUUCGACCUUCUGGAACGUGCAGAAGGCACCCCCAUUUGGAAGGAGGAAGAUGACGAAGAUGACGAAACUCGCAACCGGUUCUUAGCAGAGAUCCGCGACAAUAUGCAUGUCUACCGACCUUCCGGGCCGUCGCGACGGAACACCCUGAACCCCAUCCGGCCGAGUUUGGUCGGUGCAUUGGAGUUUCAGUCAGUACUUCACUCGCUCAAAAAGUCGAAGAAUAUCUAUCACAAUCCGGCUGUCAGUAUUAGCAGCUAUUCGGAUGACGACGAAACAUCAUCUCAACCGUUUGAUACCCGGUCUGUUGCAUCGCAUCCUCGCACCUGCAGACCGUCCGCCCCGGACCGUUUGUCGCCUCUCAGUGCUGCCGGUUCUUCUCGAGUUCGGGCCGUAUCCGCGAACGAUGCGGAUGGACUUAGACUGGACACCAGUUUGCUAGAUCGUCGACCGGAACAGACGCCUCGUCUUACUGUGAGGAGGCCAUCCAACGAACAUACUGAGGACCAAGAAGCCGUGCGACCACCGCAGCCUCCUCGGAUUGAUACGAGUGUGAUGUUGACAACUUCUCCGUCGUCCCUUGAACCAUCGUCGAGCCUUAGCCCCGCGGCUGCUCAACCGCCCGACUUGCUCGCUCCUCCAAAUUCUUUGAAUAGUUUCCAUUCGCCCAAUUAUCAAACCUCAACGGCCCAUAGCCACUCUCCGCUGCCAGUAUCUCCCCGAGGCAGUGGCAACCAUGAGACGGUCUUGGAUGACCCGUCGGCGCCAUUUCCUGCUUACACUGAUAUGCCCCCUUCUCCUUCCUCACGCCCACCCAGCAUCCGCCUACCUAACCCAGCGGCGAGCCCAGCCGAGCGGUUACAGUUUCACGACAGCCUUGAUGACUCUGUUCAUGAGAAUGGUUCUGUCCGCAAAUCGUUGAGCAAGCUCUGGCCCAACUCUGUCCUCCCGUCUCCCCGGCAGCUUGGCUGCACACUUUUCCCCACUCUGGCUGGCUGGAAGUCCAAGAACAUAUGGGAGUGGAUGCUGGGCUUGGUUGCAGCACCAAGCGUGCUUCUCCUCACCCUCACCAUCCCGGUAGUUGAACCUCAGGGUGAAUCUGCCGAGACGGAUCCAAUUCCAUCUGUUGUCAUUGAGCAGUUCUCCGAUGGAAAUAACCAAGCUCCAAAAGUGAGACUGCCUGCCGACAGUCCUAUCCUCCACUCUUUGGACCAUGGCCCUGCCUCCGAGCUACCACCUUCACACCCGCAUCACAAGUCUUCGGAGCAGGAGUCCCGUUCCCGUCCACGCUGGGACUCGGAACUUCCAGCUGCGCCGCCGACGUGUGAGCCUUCGGAAGUGGUGCCAGCCAAGGAUUGGAAUCGCUGGCUGGUCGCUAUCCAGCUUUUCACGGGCCCCUUCUUCGUCGUACUAAUCGGCUGGACCACCGCCGACGAGACACGCAGCCUUCGCAAUCUUCUCCUACCUUCACUCAUCUCCCUCCUUUUCUCCUUCGUGUGUCUCACAGUGCUCAUCAUCGGCACCCGCCGGCCCUGGCAUCACCGCCACGGCAUCAGCGAGCCUCAGGUUCUUCCACGUCGUAAACUGCCGGCGGCAUGGCGCCCCUUCCUCUCGCUCCUCGGCUUCCUGGUCGCCAUAUCCUGGAUCGCCACAAUUGCUACGGAGGUUGUUGCUCUCCUCAAGACCCUAGGUGUCAUCCUCAACAUUUCCGAUUCACUUUUAGGCCUGACUAUAUUUGCCGUCGGUAAUUCUCUCGGUGACCUCGUCGCUGAUAUCACCGUCGCUCGGCUUGGAUACCCCGUCAUGGCCUUGAGCGCCUGUUUUGGAGGCCCAAUGCUGAACAUCCUGCUCGGCAUCGGCCUGGGUGGUCUCUACAUGACCAUGAAUGGAGGAAAGAAGCAACAAACACCUGGCGCGAUGGGGCAUGUUUCUCCUGCCAAGGCGACGUACGAGAUUGCCAUAUCCAAAGUCUUGGUUAUCAGCGGUGCGACUCUCCUGGUCGUCUUGGUGGGACUUCUCAUCGUCGUACCUAUGAACAACUGGCGCAUGGACCGCAAGAUCGGGUGGGGAUUGAUGGCAGUUUGGUGUGUGAGCACCUUGGGCAAUGUGAUUGCCGAGGUCGUCACAUAG